AUGAGGUCAUGUCAGGUGAACCCUACGCAGGAGGUCAUGCCAGGUGAACUCUACACAGGAGGUCAGGUCAGGUUAACCCUACACAGGAGGUCAUGUCAGGUUAACCCUACACAGGUCAUGCCAGGUGAACUCUACAUGGGAGGUCAUGUCAGUCCUGACCAUGACCAUGCUGCACACAUCUCCAGACUGUUCUCAUCCCUGGCCCUGCACCCAGCUGCACACAUCUACAGACUGUUCUCAUCCUUGGCCCUGCACCCAUCUGCAUACAUCUACAGACUGUUCUCAUCCCUGGUCCUGCACCCCUCUGCACACAUCUACAGACUGUUCUCAUCCUUGGCCCUGCACCCAGCUGCACACAUCUCCAGACUGUUCUCAUCCCUGGCCCUGCACCCAGCUGCACACAACUACAGACUGUUCUCAUCCCUGGCCCUGUACCCAGCUGCAUACAUCUACAGACUGUUCUCAUCCUUGGCCCUGCACCCAGCUGCACACAUCUCCAGACUGUUCUCAUCCCUGGCCCUGCACCCAGCUGCACACAUCUACAGACUGUUCUCAUCCCUGGUCCUGCACCCCUCUGCACACAUCUACAGACUGUUCUCAUCCUUGGCCCUGCACCCAGCUGCACACAUCUCCAGACUGUUCUCAUCCCUGGCCCUGCACCCAGCUGCACACAACUACAGACUGUUCUCAUCCCUGGCCCUGUACCCAGCUGCAUACAUCUACAGACUGUUCUCAUCCCUGGCCCUGCACCCAUCUGCACACAUCUACAGACUGUUCUCAACCCUGCACCAAGCUGCACACAUCUACAGACUGUUCUCAUCCCUGGCCCUGUACCCAGCUGCACACAUCUACAGGCUGUUCUCAUCCCUGGCCCUGUCCUCACAACCAUUGGAUUUAUUAUUGCACUUCAGCACAAACAAAUAAAUAAACAACAUGUAUAUUAAAUAAU